UACAGACCAACUUGGUUGUCAUAUUCAUGCAGAGAGCAAGAUUGCCCAGAUCAUGAUCUUCCUUCCAAAGCCAACAAAUUUGAGAGUUUUUUUACCCAAUUGUACAGUGUUACGCUCGCUUGUAGUGGUGAGCUCAUAUGCAAAGAUUUCUUCCUUUAUUCAGAGAAAAAUCAAUUUGGAAUAUUUGCAUCUUCAACUGCACAAAUCCAUGAUGCACCUGCUGUUGGAGGUGCAAUUCAAGGAAUCCCAUCAAUUGAAAAAAUAACCUUUCACCUUGUAAGAUUGGAAGAUGGAGUUAUACUCGAUGAGAGGGUUUUCUGUAAUGAUUAUAUUAAUUUGGCGCACAGCAUGGGUGUUUUUCUGUAUGAUGAUUUAGUGGCUAUAGUGUCCCUACGUUAUCAGAGAAUCCACAUUCUACAGAUAAGGGACUCUGGCAACCUUGUCGAUGUGCGGUCAAUUGGAGAAUAUUGCCGUGAAGAUGAUGAGCUUUUCCUCAAUUCCAGUACUCAGUGUAUGUCAAUCCCAGGCAGAAACAGAAACCACAAUGUUGGGAAUGGUCCAGAUCAUACCAACCAAAUGCCAGAAGGUUCUUUUUUGAGUGGUUUAAAGCAGCGGUUACUUUCCUUCAUAUUUCGAGGGAUAUGGAAUGAAGAAGAUGAUCCAACAAUGAGAAUGCAGUGCCUGAAAAAGAAGUUUUAUUUCCAUUUCCAAGAUUAUGCUGAUUUGGUUAUAUGGAAGGUGCAAUUCUUAGACCGUCAUCACCUAUUGAUCAAGUUUGGUAGUGUUGAUGGUGGGGUGGCGCGAAAUACAGAUAAUCAUCCUGCAUUUUUUGCUGUAUAUAAUAUGGAGACAACCGAAAUUAUAUCAUUUUAUCAGAACUCAGCGGAUGAGCUUUAUACGUUGUUUGAGCUGUUCUGCGACCACUUUCAUUCCUCAUCCAAGAAUUCAUUUUACAUGAACUUUUUAUCUACUCAUUCAAACAACAUCCAUGCCCUGGAGCAGUUAAGAUGCAAUAAAAACAAAGCAAGCAGCUUGCCACAGUUUGUGAAGAAAAUGUUAUCCACUCUGCCUUUCAAUUGUCAGUCCCAGAGUCCUUCACCCUAUUUUGACCAUUCCCUCUUUCGAUAUGAUGACAAGUUGAUUUCAGCAACUGACCGACACAGACAGAGCACUGACCAUCCCAUCAAAUUCAUUUCAAGGAGGCAACCUAAUAUUCUUAAAUUCAAAAUCAAACCAGGACCUGAAUCUGGCAAUGCUGAUACGCGGACGAAGAAGAUCUCGUCGUUUCUAUUCCAUCCAAUUUUGCCUCUGGCAAUCUCUGUCCAACAGACCCUAUUUUUGCAGCCAGCAGUUAUGAAAAUCUUGAAGCGCAUUUGAGUUUGAAGCCUGAUCUAUUCGUAGUCAUCGAGUAAAGUACAAUUAUAUUGGCACGUUAUGGCUUGUGGAAAGUCAGUUUAUAUUAUUGUGUUUAUUACUGCCAAUUUCUGAAUAUGUCUUGAUGACAAUGUAUUCGGCUGGAUUUAGAGAAACAUAUACUGCUGCUUUGAGGAAUUACUUCGGUAGAUGGUUUUAUAUCUUCCAUUGCUCAGCUCACUCAUAUAUCAAGUUUGAGUUCCCCUAUUGUAUUUGAUUAUGAUUCUGAGUACAUCAGCUGGGCAUUUUUAUGAUUACAGCUUAGUUGGUUCUGCUUUUGUGUGGUUUGCUUUACUCUUCCUUCCCAGAAAUACAAAAAAGAGUAUCUCUCCCUGGCAAAUGCAUGGAUAGGCAUAAACUUUCCAGCAAGAAGCAUUGCAACAUCAGAAAUUUUUUGAGUGUUUCUGGAUGUGGCAUGUUUUUUCUGGAAUGGUGGGAUAAGUUAUGCUAUCUUGUGAUUGCUCUUCCCUUUGUUUCAACAUGUAACGUACCAAGCCAGUACGAAAUUUUGAGGUAAAAGUGAGACAUGAUACAUCUUUAUUCGUAAAUAUAGCAUGUUUUAUGUAGAUAUAUGGUAUGGCAAAAGAAUAAAGUUUGGUAUUAUACACAACAGACACUUGUAUAAAAAUGAACAAAUGAUGCUUGUUAACCCCAUUAUCCCACCCAUUGUAUAGUAUAGAUAAAUAUAAAAAGAUCAAUACAUUGGAUUAAAACAAAAUCAAGAAAAGAUGCCCAAAAAGUUAUUAAUUGAAAAGUAACUAAGACUAUACUAAUUGUUGUGGCAGCAGCGCCUUGAAAUGAAACCAUAUAUCAUCAGAAGAGUUGCCUGUUUUUUCUUCUUUAUACCUUUGAAGAUUUUGAUAGGAGUGCAGAGAUGAAGGGAAUGAGGCAUGUCG